UGUCCACUGCGUUGUUUAUUUUUGGCACGGCGUGCGAGUGUUUUGUGGCGGGCGUUCCACCGUGCUCAAGUCUGGCGCGUUGGCCCUGCACGUGUCGCGAUGCCGACCUGCUGUGCCCGCAGUUGCAAAAACAGGUACGAGAAUGGAAAGAAGCUGUUUUUCCUUCCGCGAGGAAAAGAAAAUGCCGUUCGGCGAGAAUUGUGGCUACAGCGUAUUCUGCGGACUGACUUGAACUCUGCGUCGUCGCGGCUUUGUGAGGACCACUUCUCUGCAAACCAAUUUGAGCCGAUACUGCUGAGGAAGUUUGGUACUAAGAAGUUGAAGAGAGACGCGACGCCUACGAUCUUUAGUCAAGAGCAUUUGCGAACGUCAGAGUGCAAUGACACACCCUUCCCAUCUUCUGGCUUUGAGUUGUUACUAGCAGCAGCUGCUGCCGCUGAUGUACACAAGGAUACAUGCUGCCCAUCUUCUGGCCUUGAUCUGCCACUAACACCGGCUGCUGUCGUUGAUGCUUCUGGAUCCAAUAGUGAUGGCACUCAAUCAGGGCUAAGUUCUUCACAAGGUCAGCCUGGCACCGAUACAGCACCAUCGUAUUGCUCAGAAGAAACUCUUUCAAGUUCAGAAUGUAACAUACUGGUAGCUUGUUCCCCAGAUGUGGAAACCUCCCAAGGAUCUUACUGCCAGGCAUUUCCGGCUUUGACUGUGCCUGAUGAGUCCCAGCAAAAGGUUUGUGCAUAUUGUGGAGGAGUUCAGUCAGCUGAGGGCACAGCUAAUGUCACUGGCAACAGUACAAGGAGCGGGGAUGCUGAUCCUUCAGUAGUAGCUGCCCUUCAGAAAAGAAUAGCUACACUGGAGGACUGCUUGAAAAACAUGAAGCGAAAAGUUAAGACACUGCAACAGCAGAAAAGCAGAGCAAACAAUCGAAACAAUGAACUGUCGCAAAACAUCAGAAAGUACUUGUCACCAGAUCAACUGCUAGGCAUGGAGACUUCCAGUACGAGGGGGACACCAUGGUCUACCGAGACUAUACAAAAAGGCCUCAAGCUCCGUUUGGCAUGCGGAUCGAGAGGCUACAACACCAUCAGGGAGCUUGCUGUACCUAUUCCAAGUGAACGAACAUUACAACGUCGUGUUCAGAACUACAAGUUUUCACCAGGAAUUCUCCACAAGGUUCUGCAGUCCCUUGCUUUAAAGGUGAAAUAAUGGUGCAGCUGAAUGUGUUUCUAGAAGAAAAACUCGGCCUAGUUCAGUGGUCUCAAACUCACCUCAGCCAGCGGACUGCAAUCCCACAAUUUUGGACCACAAGGGCUGGGGCAGUGAAGGUUG